AUGUCUGAGAAACUGAGGCAGUGCAGGGAAGACCUAGCAGCAGCUCUGGAUCGAGCCAUGGAGGACAAUAUUGUAUCUCCUAUGUUCUCUUCAGACCCUGAGUGGCUUGAAUCAGUGAGGUUACUGGAACCAGAUAGUGCAUUCAUUAACCAUUCCUUUGCGAGAAUGUAUCCAUCGUUCAGUUCUCCACAUCUCACCCAACCAGUUCUCCAAGUAUUACCUGAGAGAGGACCAUAUUACUGUGUGCCAGCAGAACUUGCGUUGAUGGAUUGCAAUAAUAUUUCAUUCAAAGUAAAGCGGCUUGUCUUUGGAAAUGCAGAAAGCUUUGUCAUGAAUACCAAUAUUCCAGUGCGAGAUGGUCCCUUUGAGAAUUGUUGUGAGAGCACGGACAAUUUUUCACAAGAAUAUAUCAGUUCCUCACAAGAAACCAACAAUUAUGCAUGUCCAGAAACACAGGGAAAUAAUCCAUCAAACAAUUCUUGUGAAGAACUGACAAAGAAUCUUCUAGAAGUAAUAGAGAGCACCAGUAUUCGAACGCUCGAGGCAUUGGCAGGAAAACUGGAACCUUUGAGUGAAUCUUGUCCAUCCCUUUCUCAAUCUGCUGGAUCAGUUUCUGCAGAAGACACUGUAGCCCUUUUCUUUGCUGAUCCACCCUGUAGCCCAAUAAAUAAAGAACCACACACUGGGAAAUAUAGACUCUCAGAUGAUGACAACUUGAUUAAUAUUGUCCUGGACAUGGAAGAGGAUUACAACAUAUUGAAAAAAGUGUAG